CUACAAAGGCGGCAUGAAAGGCGGCUAGAGCCGCCGACGACGACAAAAAUAGCGUUGGCGGCACGUCUCUGCGGCAAAUAUGCAUGUUGACCUCUCGGAGCAUUUGCACACAGAUGAAUGCAAUAUAUUAAUACGGGAGCUCAUGAAGUGUCAUGAAGAGCAAAAGUUCGGGAAAAUUUUUGGAGCUUGCAACAGCAUCAACACGAAAAUGUUGAAGUGCCUAAAGGAAGAGAGACUACGGAAGCAACGGGCGAAUUACGAACGCUCGUUGGAACGGCAGAGGCGACAGAAAUUGGCAGAAACGGCGCAAACUAGAAGUUGAAGUAAUGAUUUAUAUGACCAUCUGCAAAGUUGCACCUGACCGGUGAACUGUGUUUUUCCUACUGAGCCAAAGAGUGAAAACAUUUCGCGGGGAGUUUUACUCGAGGCUAGUAUUUUCAAUGUACACUUCACACAUCCUCGAAGGCCACCUGCUCAAGAAGCAUGUAACGCCUCUCAACAGAAUGCACAAUAAAUGGUAAAUAUAUUAUAUACAAUGCUGCAAAAACAGA